AUGAAUGCCCUAUUUAACUCCGCGCUCAAACAGUCCUCUGCUGUGCGGAGAGACCUCGACGCCUUCGCUGAGGCGCAAGCUAUCAACCCGGCAUUGCAAGGCCAGAUAUCCGCAUCCCUGACGUCGUUUUCCCGUACAGUAGAUGAUUAUGCGUCCAUGGCACAGGGGGAGCAUGUCGAGGCAAAGAAAGAAAAGGCCGCAGAGCGAAUAAAGAAUUUCAGGUCGGAGGUGGCAGAGUACCGGACGCAAUUUGAUCGGCUGAAAGCGGAAAAGACAGAAAUGCAAACGAGCAUAAAUCGCCAGGAAUUACUCGGGCGACGUCCACACCAGGCUGCAACACCAGAGAACCCGUAUGCCAAUGUAAAUCAUCAAGCGUCUGCAUUUCAACCAUCAUCCUCGUCGCCAUAUGCCGCCGGUUCUCCGUACGGUCUCUCCUCACCUGCGUAUGCCACUCGCGAAGACCAUGCGUUCCGAGAGCAGUCGUUCAUGAGCAAUACACAUGCGCAGCUGGAUGAAUUUCUUGAACGAGGGCGCGCUGUCCUUGGCGAUCUCGGCCAGCAAAGAGAGAUGCUCAAGGGCACGCAGCGGAAAUUGUACAGUGUAGCGAAUACUCUCGGUCUGAGCGGAGACACUAUCCGGAUGGUAGAGCGACGGGCAAAACAAGACAAAUGGAUUUUCUGGCUGGGGGUUGUCAUCUUCUUCCUCUUUUGCUACUUUGUGCUCAAAUGGCUACGGUAG